CAACCCACAAGUGGGAGAAAAAGUGAAAAAAAAUGGCCGUCUCAGGGCUGGCUUUUGCUGCAUUGAUCAUGGCAGCUACAACAUCCAUGGCAGCAGCACUGACAGUCACAUUUGUCUUUGGUGACUCCUUAACAGAGGUUGGAAACAACAAUUAUAUGCAAUAUUCUCUUGCAAAAUCCAAUUACCCUUGGUAUGGCAUCGAUUACGUUGGUGGGCAGGCCACUGGAAGGUUCACAAAUGGGAGGACAAUUGGUGACAUAAUAUCUGAAAAGCUUGGGAUUUCGUCGCCACCACCUUACCUUUCUUUGUCACAAAAUGAUGAUGCAGUCCUCAAAGGGGUUAAUUAUGCAUCCGGUGGGGCGGGAAUUCUCAACGACACUGGACUUUAUUUUAUUCAAAGAUUAUCCUUCGAUGACCAAAUAAAUUACUUUGCAAAGACCAAGGAAACAAUCAAGACUAAAAUAGGAGAAGUGGCUGCCAACAAGCUUUGCAAUGAAGCCAUGUUCUUCAUUGGAAUUGGAAGUAACGAUUAUGUCAACAAUUUCUUGCAACCCUUUUUAGCAGACAGUCAACAGUACACACCUGAAGAAUUUAUGGAACUCUUAAUCUCCACCUUAGACCAUCAACUAUCGAGGCUCUACCAACUUGGUGCACGAAAGAUGGUGUUUCAUGGUCUUGGCCCUCUCGGCUGCAUUCCUUCUCAGAGGGUGAAAUCAAAGACAGGCCAAUGCUUAAAGCGAGUGAAUCAAUGGGUUCUGGAAUUCAACUCCAAAGUUCAAAACCUUGUAGCCUCUCUAAACGGGCGCCUCCCAAAUGCAAAACUGAUAUUUGCAGAUACAUAUCCAGGAGUUUUGGACUUGAUCGACAAUCCUACUGCUUAUGGUUUUAAGAUUUCCAACACAUCGUGUUGCAAUGUGGACACAUCCAUUGGAGGGCUGUGUUUGCCCAACUCCAAGUUAUGCAGCAAUCGCAGUGAGUAUGUUUUCUGGGAUGCAUUCCAUCCCUCCGACGCGGCAAACGCAGUGCUUGCUCAAAAACUUUUCUCCACCCUAUUUUCUGCCGUCGCCGCACCUUCCAUUGCACCGACUCCCUCGCGUUGAUUCAAGAAUCUCUAGUAAUAAAAAGAUUUUAGUCUAAAUUAUAGAGUUUUAUACCCUUAAUGCAGAGGAUUCAUGUAUUCAUACUUUUGUUAAAGGAAGCCAGGGUUAUUCAA